AUGCCUUCUUCACCGGUGGAGCCGGUUUCCUGGGACAUUGCAGCUGACCUUCCCAUGGGACGAUUUCUGACGUUGACAUUUCUGCUGACCUUCCUCGGAACAAACGUCAUCAGCUGGAACAUUGCGCUGCUGGUAUCCACCGGAGUCACUGUGGUGACGGCUGGUCUCACGAUCGCCGUGGAGGGCCUGCACUGGGAGCCCCAGAAGGCUGGCUAUGCCCUGCAUGUUGCGUCCUUCCAGCUGUUUCUCUGCAUCUUCCUUGUCUCGGCCUGCAUUCAGAAGCCGAUGCGCUACCUUACCACAUGGUGCGUGCUCCUCCACAUUAUCUACUUUGGAACUUUUGACAUCUCGAACCCCAAGUUGGACAGCUUCGUCUCUUGGAGUCAUCCUGCAAGCUUCGUCGCGGCCUGCUUUGUGUACAUUGGCUUCUUCGUGGUCUCGAACUUUUAUGGCGGUGGGGCCCCGAAAGACAUGAUCCCAGCAAUCGCAGAGUGUCCUGUGCUCCACAGCUUCUGCAUCGGCUGGAAUCAUAUCAGCCCCGUGCUGUGCCAUCUCAUCGACGGCUACCUGAACGGAUCCAAUUUCCAUCGCAUCUACGGACAAGGAGGUGUCCUUUGGCUUCUGGUCGUCGGCGUCGGCAUCUUCUACACUGUGGGCCAGGUGUACGAGUGGCUAAUGCCGAACUCGGUGGAGACAUACCUGGCUCCUAAGGUUUGGUAUUUACGUUCUCGGCGCCUGGCGCAGCGACUGGGCCUGCGGGACUUAGCUGCGCUGCGCAAUCGGAAGGCCACCAUCUUCUGCUUGGGGGAGGACUUCGCCUUCUCUCUGGCCGUGAAAGUGCCGGCCACUUUGGGGGUCUUGCUAGCAGCCAAAUGCUUCGGUGCUCUCGUGCUGGAGCCCACGCACACUUGA